AAAGCAAUUAAAUCGAACAAUUGAAUCGCCGGGAAAAACAAAUACUGACCUAACGCUAAACCAACCCGAUUCAUGAUUCCGGCGCCAUUCUUUCGAAUUCAAAAUUGUUUCCAUAUGUGUAAAGCUUCACAACUUUCACUGCGAACAAGAGAUUGAGGCCUCGCUUCAUAAUGGGGCAACCGUCAGUUUCUUGAUCUCCGAUCGCGAUGGGAGCCGAAUUUUUCCCGGCGAGGCUGAAGAGGGAAGACUGUAAACGCACCAAACACGAUUCCAACUUCUCCAAAUGGGAGAUUCUUGUGGCCCCUUCUGAUUGGGAAGACUAUUCGUCGGGAAAGGAAGGUGCAGAGAGGUACAGAAUUCACAAUCUUCCAAAAGUUUCAAGUCCUGGACUGUAUGAGCUUGGCAUAGCUUUAUGUAGCUCUGGUUUGGGCCGUGAGAUUGCUAAGCUAGAUGCAGACUGGAUAGUUGCGGUCUACCUUGGCGAAGCCGAUAAUGUGAGAACUCGGCUCCAGCACUAUGGUCGUUCGGGUUCUCACUUGGGCAAUGGCUAUGUAUGUGUGGAUGAUUGUAAAGUUAUACCUCUUGAAAAGGGACCUGGUUUGUUUCAGGAAAUGUUCUCAAGAGGCUACUCGAUUGUGUAUAGAUGGGCACCUAUGAAGAACAAGAGGGAUGCGCAAAUGACAGAAGCUCAACUGCUCAAAACAUUUGAUUAUGCUUGGAAUACAAGUGGGAAUGGUGCACGACGUCAUAAUGAUGUCUUCAAGAAGCUUGAGGAUAUCGCUUCCCGAACUACAAAGUUUACCGUUAUCGCCAGGAAGCUUCUACCUUUUAGACAGAAGCGGAUGGGCAUCAAAAUUAAAACAAGCAAGGUAAUUCCAAGAGCGAACAAACCAGCUGAUUAUCCUGAGGAGAGGAACAAUUUCUUUUCUCGCAUUCUCAACUUCAGCCGAACUCGGCCUAGACUAGUUGUGGACACCGAUGAGGUUAAUGGUGCUGAUAGCAGUAGCUGCGGAGUGGCCAUAGGUUAUGGUGAGGUUUGUAGGAAGCCCCCUGUUGAAGGAAGAAAGAGGUGUGCUGAACAUAAAGGGAUGAGAAUUAAUGGGUCACUAAGGAACUCAUCUGGAAGAUCGAUUUUACAAAUGUAUGUGGAUGUAAGAGCAACCAAGUAUGGCGACAAAGACUUCUGUGGUAGCAAUGGGGAGAAUUCCUGUAACACAGAAGAAGUCUCGGUUUCGGAUUCAUUUCCUGAUACGGGAAAUUUUCUUCCAAUUUGUGGAGUUGUUCUACAUGAUGGAUCUCCAUGUAGAAGCCGCCCUGUUCAAGGAAGGAAACGGUGUGAAGAACACAAAGGACAAAGAAUUCGUAGAUCGACCCUUACAUCGUCUAAAGGAGCCAAACCAAAAGUUUUGCUCAAUGUGAUUAUGAGCCAGGAUAACCAUACUGCUUCAGAUUAUAAGCAAACUUCAUCGUCCAUAUCAAAACCUGAACCAGUUCUGAUAACACCAGGCAAUUCUUCAGAGCCAUCUUUUGAUAGCCCAGUCUUUGAAAGAACGUGUGGUGUUGAUUUAGGCAAUGGACUCUACUGUACAAGGCAGCCAGUGAAAGGACGAGUUCGGUGUGGGGAACAUAAAGGAAUGAGGACUAACGGGUUGAUUUCAAAGUUAGCCAGGAGUGUUAAUCCGAAUGUGUCGGAUAUGGGUUCUGUCUGCUAGAUUCAAAUCUAGUGAAGAGUGUGCUUAUAAGAUCUGUGAACCAAGUUCAUUUAGUGAAGGAAACAAAAGGUUUCAAGGCAAAACAGGCUGGUAAUUCUCCUUCCUUUUUCUUUGAGACUAGAAUAGGUUUUAGCCAGAAUGAAUCCAUCUGUUUCAUAACUCCUCUGGCUACACAAUGAAACAUGAGCAAAUAACUCAAACUACUUUCAGGAGUGAAGUAUGGGGGACAAGAUUUUAUUGUAUUGACUGAUUAUUUUUCUAGUUUAAUGUUCUUACUUGAGCUUAUAGUUGCUUGUUGGACGCAGAAGAGGUAGAAAACCUCCUUGUUGAGGAAUAAGAAUGGUCAUUUUCAAAA